UUAAGAGUAGAUGAAGUGGAGUGCUGCGACAGCGCCGCGUGGACAAGGCACGCGGAGGGAUAGGACUGAUUGGACAUGUCAAGGAGGGAAGCAUGAUGACGAGUCAGGCCCGAGAAAGCGAAAGCGAAGAGGAGAUGUGCUUGCUCCGCCCUCACCUCGAAUUUGGCACUGUCGUAUGGUCCCAUCGGUCCCCUGCAUGCGGAGUUCUUCAUCUUCUUCCUCUUCACUGAUCGAUCGACUCGCCUACUCGCUGCCGCAGCUCUCUCCCAUCGACCAGCUACAUGCUUCGCUCGAGUAGCCCAAGCAACAUAGUACUGUAGUUUUUAGCUCGUUGUCAUUUUCAUCCUUGUUCCAGGUUCGUUGAUUGGCGGAAUGAGUGAUUGUGAGAUCUUUAUAGCUUGAGAGUUGCUCGAAUUUUCCUGACCACCACAGUAAGAGCAGCAGCUGCUGCGGAGUUUUUGGAUCCUUCCACGUACGGACUUUUCAUGCGUCAGAAAUGUGACAGCAGUGCUCUGGCAAAAAUAUCCGGUUCUUUGGAAUACGUUCGCUGCGGUUGAGAACCUGGCGAAGUAAAUUGGCCGAAUUUUGCAUUUGUGAGUCGAGACGAAAACUGUGAUUCAGCUUUUGGUGGAAUUUAUUUCGGUUAGUACCUUCAAAUUCAUUGAAAUAAAUUUGCCCCCGACCGAGGAGGAGAAGCUUGGACAGGGUAGGGCAACCCAUGUCUCGAUGAUGUUAAUCGAAAUUCACAAGAAGUUUUUCGAUUGGGGAAUUUGGAAAACCCGUAUCACAUUUACAAGUAAUAAGAUUAUUUUUCCAAAGGAUGAGAACAGAGGAGUGACAGCCGAUGGGGACACUCUGUUUACUGAUAAGGUCGCAUCGCCAAAGUCGACUUGGCAGUUCUCAGCUAUCGCGGCUUCUGCUUGGAGGCCCUUUUGAUGCAGAAGAUGGGACCAGCAGCGCUUCACGGUUAUCGAAUAAUACCUUUACUUCUCCUGAAACUCGGCCCUUGCAUUCCCUUGAAUCUUCUACUCCUUUUCCACCUUUCCAUGGUGGAAAUAGGAGGAGCAUUCAUUCUGGAUCUACUGGUCGUGGAGCACCAGAAUGGACUAUCUACAACCCAGAGGAGUUUUCACGGUAUUACCGUUUCCGGCCAUUCCCAGUAAUCCGUAGAGCCACUGUGAUAAUUGUGGAAAUGCUGCUUCUAGGCAUCGGCCAAACGGUGGAGAAGGAUAUUCAAAAGCGAGCUGCAAGGUUGCGGCGGAGUCUUAUACGAUUAGGUCCCUUCUAUAUCAAGCUAGGUCAGGCGCUUAGCACACGCCCGGACAUUCUGCCCACUGCCUACUGUCAAGAGCUCGCUAAGUUGCAGGAUCAAAUUCCUCCCUACCCUACCUCUACAGCUUUGGAGUUUCUGGAAGUAGAAUUAGGUGCACCGGCUUCUCAAUUAUAUGCAUACAUCACCCCUGAACCGGUGGCAGCAGCCUCUCUCGGUCAAGUCUAUAAAGCGCGACUUCAUUCAGGGGAGUCGGUGGCUGUCAAGGUGCAGAGGCCAGGGGUCACUGGACGCUUGGCACUUGAUGCACAUCUUCUACGUUUACUCGGCCCACCAUUGCAACGUUUUGCUGGAGCUCGAAGUGACCUCCUUGCCAUGCUGAAUGAGAUGGUUGAGCGUAUGUUUGAAGAAGUUGAUUAUGUUCGAGAAGGGCGGUACGCAGAACGCUUUGCCAAGCUGUAUGGGAUACCUCAGGAGGACGAUGGACACAAACCUAUUCGAGGAGCGGAGAGGAUACGACUGAAAAAUAGUGAGACCAGUAUCGAAGGAGUUGUUAAAGUUCCCAAAGUAUAUUGGCCUCUUUCUAGCAAAGGAGUUCUAACAAUGGAAUGGAUAGACGGUCUGAAAUUGACUGAUGGAGAUUCACUGAGGAAAGCAAAUUUAAAUACCACACAGGUUGUUGAUCAGGGAGUCUUUUGUUCUCUCAGGCAACUGCUGGAAGAAGGGUUUUUUCAUGCAGACCCGCACCCCGGAAACCUUGUGGUAACCAAGGAAGGUGUGCUAGCUUACUUUGACUUUGGCAUGAUGAGCGAAAUUCGCAGAGAAUAUCGAAUCGGACUUAUACGAACAAUUAUACAUUUCGUUAAUCGAGAUUCAGUAGGUUUGGCGAAGGAUUUUCAGACUCUUGGUUUCUUACCACAAGAAAUAGACAUUGCACCGAUUGCCAAAGCUUUGAAUGAAACAUUUGGAGACGAGGGAACGAAGUCACAGCUGGACUUUCAGGGCAUCAUGACACAAUUAUCAGACGUUAUGUACCAGUUCAAUUUUCGUUUACCUCCAGAAUACGCCAUGGUUAUCAGAGCUUUGGGUUCUCUGGAAGGCACUGCCACGGUGUUGGACCCUGAGUUUAAAGUGGUGGCUAGUGCAUAUCCUUUUAUUGUGGGUAGAUUGCUGGCGGAUCCCGAUCCUGAAAUGCGAGAAAUUUUAAGAGAGCUUCUUAUUCGAAAUAAUGGAUCUAUCCGAUGGCACCGUCUGGAGCGCCUGGUUUUUGCAAUUGCUGAGCAAUCCACGUCAAUCAGUGACGAUCCAAGCAAAGCAAAGCGAUAUAGUGUACGGGACGGUUUGGGACGUAGAGCAGCUGCUGGGAUCAAGGGUGCUUUCAAUACCCGAGCUGUGGCGUCAGCCACAAUGGAUGUGUUAGAGUUUAUAUUGUCAGGAAAAGGGACAAGGGUCCGAACCCUUCUGGUUCAGGAUAUUACUCAAACUUCAGACCUUCUACUACAGCAAUACAUUGCACAGUAUCUUGAUUUCGAUGAGUUGUAUCAUAACUUCCGAGAUAAGUCUCGGGAUUCUAGCACCAGUAGCAAAGUUGAUGAAGAGGACGACACCCAGUAUUCUAAACCGCAAGGAAAUCCCCUUUGGCAACUAUAUCCAUGGGGUUUCUCACGAGAAGGCACUUCCAGUUCUUUUCCUUGGAGUAGAUACACAACUGCUAAUGUUUGGGGUAAAAAACCUGGCAAAAGCCUUCGAGGAACGAGGUUGUGGCAGCAGGAGAUGGAUGCAGAUACUAAACUGAAGGCGGCGACAGGAGAGAAGAUCACUCCACGUCCGAAGAUGUCCACGAAAGACGGGACUGCAGAUGGAGGACAUAAGAGAAGUCUGAAGGAUCCAGGCACUGCGUCCAGCUCACAAACACCCAAGGACGAGGAGAAGGUGUCCGAUUCUUUUGGCGGGCGGGUAAAAGUAGGAUUCCAAGCCUUUGCUAAUGCAGUUUCUUCAGCACCAGAAAUCUGGAUUCCAUUAAUGGCUCGCUUGGCAUCCAAACCGGAAGCUCGAUCCUUAGGGUCCGAUGUAGCAUCUUCUCUUUUAGAGGUUUACCGUCACCGGACGUCAGAAGCUUCCUUCCUCGCUAUGUCCAAAGCAUUGCAUGAAAAGGACAGGUGUAAGCAAGCUUCUUGUCGAGUUUAAUCCCAAUUAUAUUUAUUCUCGAUUUGUGUUCAUUGCAUGCAGUGAUAUGUUUACAUAUUCACUCAUGGGUCGUGAAACGAAAACAAUCAUUUCCUUCUCGCUUGACCGUCUUUUGGCUCUUCUCGUGGAUUUGCGGUUUGGAGACCUGUUCGUCUUGAGCUGUCCGAGUUUUGUGAGGUGUCUUACUCACCGUCAGCGUGCCUGCAUGUAUCUAUCUUGUUUAUGUGCUACAUAAACAAGAUAAAGUAAGAGCGGACGAAGCAGCGUUCAUGUGAACUUUUUAAAAUAUCCAAUUUAUGUUGGUGGUAAUAGAGGAUUGUCCUGCAUUCAAAUCAGGAAAAAGAGCGAACCAAUGUACACGUUGUUAGUGCUGGAUAAUAAACGA